GUGGUGGAUGUAUGUACAAUCCCGAGGAGAUUUAACCAGGGAAAGGCUGGUCUGAAAUAGGCCAAACAGCCAUUUUGGAGGUGGGUUCUGAGUGGGCCAGACUGAAUGCUAUACUGGGGGUGGGGGGGGUGUAUGACAUAACACAGAAUAGAUUACAAAUUCAUUGUUUUUUAAUAAACUUGUCACUGUACCGCUGGUAGUUUGUCAUUAAAAAAACAAUGUUCGAAAAAAAUCGACUCGUUUCCUAGUCGCACAUCACUAACCCCGAAUCGGGGGUUGACUUCAGCCUCGUACGACACGCUGGACGGACGCAUCCCGAUGCCCGAGACCUGGAGCUCAACCGAAGAGCGUCGGAACAGACUUGUUUGGAACUUGGAAGUACAAGUUCCCUGUAGUGAGUGAGUUCCGACCAUAGCAGAGAGGUGUCACUGCUCCUCCCGCUGUCAGCGGAUCUCAGGUCUGUUGUUGGCGGUCUGCUGAAGACUCAUGAGAGCCGAGCCGCUCCGGUCCAGCAGUCUGGUCGUGUUUACCUGAAGCCGGGGAGCUCGGGUCUUAAGAGAGGGGUUCUGACCGCAGGCAUGUCCAGUGGAUCUCCCGAGACUGCUUAGCUCUCUAGUGAUCCUCCAAUAAGGCCAUGUCCAGACAGAGCAGGAACAGCGGAGCCGCGUGGAGGUACGUGCGGAGCGGGAUCCGGCGCGACGCGGACGCCAGGGCGCUGGUGUUGGCGUCGGAGAACGGAGACUGGGACUACGAGCGCCUGCAGUACAGCGACUCGGACUCGGAGGCGGAGCUCCCGGCGGCGGGGGGCGUGGCCCCGGUGCCCAGCGCGGUGCCCGUCACCGGGGAGUCGUACUGCGGCUGCGACUCCCAGGCGGAGACCGGCUUCAGCCCCCGUCUGAGAGGCUUCCACCGGGCGAAGGACUGCCGCUGCGGGGAGGAGGAGCAAGAGCUGGACUGGGUGUGGGAUGGAGGCAGCGGCUCCUCGGCCACGCGGCUGAGCUGCGGCGACCGGCAGGUGAACUUCCACAGCGAGUACAGCUGCGGCACGGCUGCGGUGCGCGGCUCCAAGGAGCUGGCGGACGGCCAGCACUUCUGGGAGGUGAAGAUGACCUCUCCGGUGUACGGCACCGACAUGAUGGUCGGCAUCGGCACCUCGGACAUCAACCUGGACAAGUACCGCCACUCCUUCUGCAGCCUUCUGGGGAAGGACUGUGAGAGCUGGGGCCUCUCCUACACCGGGUUGCUGCAUCACCAGGGGGACAAGAUGAGCUUCUCGUCCCGCUUCGGUCAGGGCUCCAUCAUCGGGGUCCACCUGGACACCUGGCACGGCAUGCUCACCUUCUUCAAGAACCGCAAGUGUAUCGGCGUGGCCGCCACCCAGCUGCACAACAAGCGCUUCUACCCGAUGGCGUGCUCCACGGCGGCCAAGAGCAGCAUGAAGGUGAUCCGCUCCUGCUCCGCCCCCACCUCGCUGCAGUACCUCUGCUGCGCCCGUCUGCGCCGCCUGCUGCCCGGCUGCUCCGACACGCUGGACGUGCUGCCGCUGCCGCCCGGCCUCCGCCAGCUGCUGCACAACAAGCUGGGCUGGGUGCUCAGCCUGGACGGGGGCGCGCCGCCGGGGGGGGCCGGGCCCCGCGGGCCCCCGGCGGCCCCGACCGGGGCGUCCUCGUCGGAGAGCGACUCUGAGGGCUGCGCGUCGGACCGGGAGGCCGGCCGGAGGAAGAGGUUUCGCUGGACAUGAGGUCCGCCUUCCUGCUCGUCUCCUGGACCACGUCGGUGGAGGACCAGGCGGGCGGGGCGCCCUCGGUGUGCCCCCCCCCCCCCCCCCGCGGGGUUCCCCCGCAGACAGACGCGCUGAGCCUGAGGUCAGAGACGAUGGCGUCACUCGCCGCUUCCUUAGGGAGGAAAACCAGACGGACGGUUAGUGUUCAACCGGCACAUUUCUGAUGUGUUGUUGCGUUAGUAUUCUGCGUCCAUAUGAUCACCACACUCCAUGCUGCUUCAGUAGUGUCUUAAAGGUGGGGGCCUCUGGGCUUAGCCCCUCUUCGGUUGGCCUGUGUGUGUGUGUGUGUGUGUUGCUUUCUAGACAGGCGGUUUUACGAUGGUUCAUGACAGAUGGUAGCAAAGGAUUGUUCUAAUUCUUUUUCAUUCUGCAUCUUUGUAACAAUAGUUGUUGCCAAAACAAGGAUAUCUCCACCAGGUUUGUCCGUCCUACGGUUCCAUUUUGACCGUGUUCUGUGUGGCUGUCAUAAUCAGAACUAUAGUUGUGGUUAUUGUGUGUCAUAGUGUGACAAAGUAUACUAUUAAAGCUCUAUUUUAACAUGAGGAAAUGAUUAUAGAAUGUAUAAUAUCUGACAUUUCUGACGCUAUUUUCUUUUUCUGAUGCCAAUACUUGUUUGACCCGUGCUAUUAGUAUUCAAAAAAACGUGAUCCAGAUUAUGCUUGAAAUGUUUCCUUUUAUAUUUGAUUUGAUUUUAAGCUAAUUAUUGCAUUCAACUAUAUGUAAAAAUAUACAUGCACGUAAUAUAGAAAGAAGACUAAUAACUGACUGAGUUUGUACUCACUGUAACGGACAGGACUCUACUUCUGUUGACGGUAUUAGAGGAUACAACUUACUCUGUUUGAUGCAAGCUCUCCCUCCAAUGCAUUGUCUGUAACUGCUUAUCUUUAGGACAAUCUCCUAUCCAAGUCAUGGAAUUUGCUAUGAAGUAUUUUUUAAGUUUAAAACCCAAACCGCUCCACACAUUGGAAGAGGUUUGAAGAUGCUCCGCCCUCAUCAACCCGAAUGGUUUCAGUGGGCUUCAGGUCUGAAACACGAUCAGACUUCUAUGCACGUUGGCUUCCUGCAGGCAGAGACUCUUGUGACUUCAUACAGGAGGUGUUCAUGAGGCACCUGUUCUUCAGGCAAUCAUGGAGAAGUUGGGGUAUUCCUUGUUGUGGGAUGAGACUGGGGUCUGUGAAUCAAAAUGUCCUGUGAUGAUUCAUUCAUCAAUUCAAAUGCUUAUAUGUCACUGUUAAGUUUUGUGAAAUUUAUUCAAGCUCUUUUUGCUAAAUGACAUCAAGGGUAAAUAAAAGGGAUAUUCUAUAACUUGCAAUGUUGACACAUCUGUUAUUCUUUACCUGCUUUCUACUGUAUAUGUCCAGCAUGGCCUUUUAAAGACACUAACAUAACCGGAAGGAAGAAUGUAUCUGCAUACGUCUUUAAUAAAAAUUCAAGUAUUUUCCUGUUGUACGGUUUUUUGUGUA